AUGAAUCGUAAUCUACCUUUACCUCGUUUUCGUCUUGAUAUUGAGUCUAUUACUGAACAAAAUCAUAUCAAUACACGUACAACUUCAGCACCAUCCAGUUUAAUAUCAACAUAUCAACCUCAACGAUCACAAAUUCGUACACGUCAAUCACCAUGUUCAGAUUUACAAAGUACCACUAUACCUGAAGAAUAUGUAUAUAAUGGAAAUCAUCAUCGAGCAAGUUUAUCAAUAAAUCCAUCUUCACAGUCAACGAAAGAUGUUUCGAAAAUAUCUGUAGAUAAUCAUAAAACAUCUAAAGGUGACAAUAUCAAAUUACGUCGACAGAGUUGGCUGUCACUUCAUGGAUCAUUAGAUAAAAAAAAGACAUCAUCAUCAUCAUCAUCGUCAACAACGUCACUUAAAUUAAGUGAUAAUCAUAAUCAUAAUAAAAAGAAUGACGAUGUGGAGGAGGAAGAAGAGGAGGAUGAUGAGGAAGAUGAUGAAUAUGGAAUUAAUUAUCAACCACCGCGAAGACCUAAUUAUAGAUAUUCAUUACCUGAUGCAUCUCCAGCUGCAUUAGCUUUAAGAAAUAUUCUUAAACGUAAUAAAACCAAUAAAUCUAAUCGUUUUGGAAUUGGUUUACCUUCAGAUUCAUCACAUUCCUUGUCUACAUUUGCAUCUACAAAUUUUUCUUCACCAUUAUCAACAUUCCGUAAUUUUUUUUCUCUAGUUAAAUUACCUUCAACAAAAUCAACUCAUUCAGCAACAUCUCGUCAUUCAAGUCUAACAACUUUAACAAAUACUACUGGUAAUUCAUCGACAACAUUAGAUCAAAUAACAUCAUUUAAUUCACCAACUGUACAAUGGUAUUUUGAAACAGAUAAAUCACAAUGGUGUUCAUCUGAUGGUAUAAGUAAGAUAAUUCUUGGAUCAAUUGAAUUACAUAAUUUAACAUAUGUUGAACAUAAACAACUAAAACAUAUUGUUUUACAACGUUUACAAUCAUCACAAUAUGAUCUUGGCGUGUCAAUACAUGAGCCUAAAGAUGCGAAAUCUAAUGGAAAUGUAUUUGGUGUUGCGCUAUCACAAUGUGUUAAUGAUGAUGAUUCUCGUCUUCAAGAUGAACUCACAUCGACAUCAGUUAAUAAUGCAAGUGGAAUUAAUCGAAAAGAUAGUACUGAUAUAAUAGAUAUAUCUAUAAAUGAUGAAAAAAUAAGUCCAUCAGGUAGUAUAUCAUCAACAUAUGAUAGUGGAUGUUCGAUUUCACCAGCAAGUCCAAGUAGUUUACAUAUAUCAGAUUCUGAUUAUGAACAAUCAAAAUUUCGUUCUGUAUCACUUGAAGCAUUAGGACCACAUGAAGCAGCAGCAACAACAAGUGGAAUGAAUCGAAUGAAAACAUUACGAUGUUAUCCAGCUAAAGUGCCGGAAUUAAUACGAAAUUGUUGUGAUUAUUUAGAAAAAAAUGCUUUACAAACUGUUGGUUUAUUUCGAGUUGGUGUAUCAAAAAAACGUUUAAAAGAACUUAAAGAUCAAGUUAAUUCUAAUCGAAGUUUAACCUUUGAUUCAACAACAAAUGUACAUGAUAUAGCUGGUUUAAUGAAGGAAUUCUUACGUGAAUUACCUGAACCAUUAUUAACACGGGAUUUAUGUGGAGCUUUAUUAAAUAUUCGAACAAAACUUCAUCCAAAAGAUCAAUCACGUGCACUUUCCUAUCUAAUCAGUUUAUUACCAUCAUCGAAUCGUGAUACAUUAUAUACACUGUUAAAAUUUCUUUAUCAUAUUUCAAUGAAUUCACAAGAUCGUUAUUCAACCGAUGGAAAAUUACUUGUAGCUGGAAAUAAAAUGGAUUCAGCUAAUUUAGCUAUUGUUUUUGCUCCAACUAUACUUAUGGAUGGAAAAGCACCGAUUCUAUCAAAUAAAGAUACGAGUGUAGCUAUGACUACUGAUCAAAUGGAACAAGGAAAAAGUAUUUUAAAAAUGAUGAUUGAACAAUAUAAAGAAUUAUUUAUGGUACCAAAAGAUUUACAUGAUGAAGUUUGUGUUGCAUUAUACGAAGAAGAUAGUGCUCAAUUAUUGAGAGCAUUAGCAUUUAAAGUACAAAAAGGUUGUGGAAUAACUUCAAUGGAAUUGGAUGAUGCAAACGAACAAUUAUUUAUGUCGCUUGAUGUAACACCAAUUACAUGUGAAAUGCCUAAUUCAGCACAUAGUAUUUUUGCUGCACUCAAUCCUCGAAUGAAUCAACAACAAUUAAUUGAAUCAACUCCUCGUCGAUAUAAUCUUCGACGUAAUUCAGAUUUUCCAUGUUCAUCAGCACAUACAUCACGUUCAUCGGAAUUUCUUCAAGUACCUAUGUCAUCAUCUCAACAACGUCUUACAAAUCCUAAACAUCAAUCAUUAUCAAAAUUACCUCGUAUACGUGAUAUACGUGAAGCAACAAUAGAUCAAAUUAUAUUUCGUGUUGUUGAUCCACAAUCAUUAUCAUCACGUCCAAGUGAACCUGUUAUCAAUAUAAGUUUAGCCGAUGAUGUUUCAACAACAUCAUCUACUACUCAUCCAAAUUUACCUGAUGUCAAAGAAUCUCUGUCACCAUCAAUAACCCCACCACCACCAACAACAACGACAACAACACCUUCAAGUUCUCCAUUAUUACGUGAAAUCAAAUCUUAUUCACGUUCCAAAACAGCUCCACUUUCAUCGGCAUCCGGUGCACCACAUUUUCUAACUCCUAAACAUUGUGAAGCACGUGAUUUAUGUGGCUCGAGUUCAAAUGAUGAUUCACCAGCACCUAAAACCGGUCAUAGUACUACUCCUGUUUAA